AUGACAUUUGCUAAAGAAACGAAAAGUUUGGACCUAUCUUUUCUGAGGGGGAGCUAAUUGAUAAUCUUGAUUUGAUCACAGGUAUUAAACUACGAGAAACUCAUAGUAAACAAGACAAGAAGACGGAAAGUACCACUCCUUCAACCACAGCUAAACAAAGUAGUUAUAGGCGCGCUCAGAAAACGACGCCAAUUGUCAGGCGACGUGUACCACGACAGCUUACACCAACAGAGACACAGUCGAAACAGGUAAAUCUGGGAAGAAAAUGUCAUUUCAGUAAAUACCAGAGGUGAAGUAUUUCACAGUGACAACUGUCUCUUUUGGAGGGUCUGGAACUUACUACCGUGAUCAACCUUUGUUUCACAUCUUCGCGAAUCAAGAAUGUUAGGUUUAUAAGGGAUAUCCAGAAAUAUAACAGCUGCAACAAAAACAACGCAUUUUGUGCUUAAAUAAUCAGGUUUGCAAGGAUGAGAAAGCAUCGCGAGAAGAAAGCUCAGCAAGAGAGAAAUCAUCUGCAGCCAAGGCGGAAGAGGUCACGCGUGAGGUCACCACAGCUAAACAAAGCAGUUACAGGCGCUCUAAAAAAACGACCCCAAUUGUCAGGCGACGUGUACCACGACAGCUUCCACCAACAGAGACAGAGUCGAAACAGGUAAACCUAGGAGGAAAAUUUUAUUUCAGGAAAUGCCAGAGGUGAAGUAUAUCACAGUGACAACCGUCUCUUUGGAAGGUCUGGAACUUAAUAUCGUGAUAAGCCAUUGUUUCACAUCUUUGCGAACUGAAUUAGGAAUGUUGGGUUUAUGAGGAAUAUCCAGAAAUAUAACAACUGUAACAUAAACAACACAUUUUGUGCUUAAAUAAUCAGGUAUGCAAGGAUGAGAAAGAAUCACGAGAAAAAAGCUCAGCUAGAGAGAUAUCAUCUGCACCCAAGGCGGAAGAAGUCACACCAGAUUUUGAAUGUAAUGUUGCACCUGUGCAUGAGGAAAAGCUUCGUAUGGGGGCCAAAUCAGAUUUCAGUGGUAACGAGAUUGGCGGCGACUUUGUAUGUUACUCAAAAUCUAGCGACGAGAAAGCAAUACCCGAUGUGCCCCAAUGGCUAACAGAGGAGUACAAGUUAGUGUUCAUAUCUGCUCUUUUUUUUCUUUUACAGUCCGUGAACUUUUGUUUCUGAAUUUCAUUUCUGGGGCCAGUAGGGUAAAGAAUUUACAUGAUACAACAUGUAGCUGUGCACACUUUCUGGUAAUCAAAACUUACUCCAUUCGGUGAAACAUCAUGGUUGUUAUAUCUAAGGCGUCUCAAAGUAUAUUUGUGUACUGGCCGCACUGCAAUAUACUUGUGAGGUCAAUUUGUCACAAUUGAUUCAAUAGAGAACACACUCUCAGGACCUCCGGAAAUUGAAGCAAAAUAAUAUUUACUAUUUAGGUAGAAAAAGCGAAUCGGGGAUUUUUUGGUUUUAUAAUUCAAAGUUUCAGUAAACAUGGAAGUGACGAGCUUUACGGUAGGAGAGUUUUCAAAGCCUAAAGGUUUUGCUAAGUUUUAAAUUUCUUUAAAAGGUGAUUUUUAAAGUUCCCGAAUUUGUGAUGAGGCAUAUGAUAUAAACUGAGAAGCAAUUUGUCUGCAGAGACUUAAGUAUAGUUGACCACUAUGAAUUAAUUUUGUGCAGGGAGAGAGAAGAAGAACAGGAAAACAUAAAACUCAUUAAAGGUGACACCACUGUUACAAGCUCGGCACAAAAUAUCAGACUGGAAACAGAGUUUGGUACAAAGAACAAGAUGGAAGAAAAUGUUUUGAGUGAGGAAGAGUUGGACUGUAGCUCUUUCACUGAGUCCAGCGGAUACCAACGGAAAAUGGCUGAGCUGAACGAAAAAUCCAGAAGGCUCAAGGCACAGUUUGCGAAGGAAAACAGACAGGCUGUCGAAUCUACGAACAAGACAAUGGAGGAGAUCAAACAGAGCCAGGCAAGGGUAGAUUGCAUCGCAAAUGAGAUUGAGGAGAUGCGACAGAGACGGGAUGAAAUAAAAGAAGACUUGAAACGCCUUGAUGAGAUCGGCCAAAGACGAGAUCUCGAGGAUAAAAAAUGGAGAGAAAAAAUGGACAUGAAAAACAAGAAACUCGCAAAUACACUGGAGAAGAUAAGAGCCAAACGACGCAAAUAUCAAGAAGAGACGGGUGCUGAAAAUGACUCAACAGAGGGGCAUGAUCAACAGGAUAAGAAUUCAAGUGAAAGUCCGGAGAGUGAGAAAAGCAAAGAUGUCACCAUAGGAAACGAAACCGUUAUAAACGAAGACGUUGGUAACGAAGUGUUACGUGAGCCUCACCAGAUCAUCGAGUACAAAAGUGUAAAAGAGCUGGAAGAGAAGCGGAAAGAACUAAAGCAGUUGAAGAGACUGGAGAAGAAGGCGAUUAGAAGAGAGAAGUUAGAACAGAGACAGCGUAAGAAGAUCGAAAAACACAAACUUGAGAAACUCUCAGCUAAGAGUUCAAAGGUCUCGGAAGAAACUGCAGGAGUUGCUGAGUGUAUAAAUCAGGACAUGGAGGCUACGAAUACAACGGCAAAAGAGAAAAGUGCUGAAGCCCCGAAAGUAACUAGAAUUAAACCAUACGUCGACACCUCUUCACAUAUCGCAGAGUCCAAGCAAGUCCAGGCACCUUACUAUUCUGGAUUAAUUACGAAUGGUACAAAGAACAAGGUGGAAGAAAAUGUUUUCAGCGAGGAAGAGUUGGACUGUAGCUCUUUCACUGAGUCCAGCGGAUACCAACGGAAAAUGGCUGAGCUGGACGAAAAAUCCAGAAGGCUCAAGGCACAGUUUGCGAAGGAAAACAGACAAGCUGUCGAAUCUACGAACAAGACAAUGGAGGAGAUCAAACAGAGCCAAGCAAGGGAAGAUUGCAUCACAAAUGAGAUUGAGGAGAUACAAAGGAGACGGGAUGAAAUAAAGGAAAACUUGAAACGCCUUGAUGAGAAAUUAGGAGAGACGUUUGCUGAGGUUGAUAGGCUUAUAUUGGGAGAUACAGACUCUAUGGUCGACGAAACAGCGGACAGCCAACAA